CGCGUUUUUAAAGGGACUGGCGGCUUUACUGGGCGCUGGUACAUUAUUUCCUUAGCGGCCGAUCCGGAUCAGUCUGAUUAUUUAACUCUUUUAAGGUUAAACCGGGCACUGGUGGGAAAAAGAGUAAAGCGAUCCUAAAUCAAUGUAGGGCACUACUGUAAUCCGACCACAGCGCUGAAACAGGACGCCUACUUACCGGCGACUUUCACAGAUAUAGUAUAAAGUAGGUUACCGGCCCAGCAGAAAGUUAAGUAGGUCUGGCUCGGCAGAAUCACAGCUUGACGUCCCUAUUUCUUAAUGGGGUUUUGGAUUUGUUUAAAUUACUUUUAAUAAUAUAAUUAUUUUGUUGUUAUUAUGGAGGUCCUGUUAUUAAGUGUGACGGUGCGGUAAUGCGCAGGGGGGAACACGGUGAAAAAUGUUUAGGGGAAAAUAAAAUAAAAAUAAAAGAAACCAGGAAAAGCAAAGGAGAAGCACUUCUACCAGAUCUGAGGCUUACCGGCUGCAGUUCUCCAAGACGUCGCUGGCCGGCGCUGCGGAGUGAAGGGGGAUCUCCUGUGCUCGUCGGAGGAGGAGACGGAGACCGGGGAGAGCAGGGGAGGAGGCGAAGGAGGGAGCUUGUGCACUUGGAGAAGGUUGAGAAAAAGUCGGACGGGAGAGGAGCCCGCGAUCCUAAGAGCUCCUCGUUGUGUUUCUCUUUAAUGCGAGCGCCGGAGGGGAUCUGCAUCCGAACGGAAGUCCGGGAUCUUGAACCGCGGUCCCGGUUCGGCCAGCAGAAGGUGCGAUCGGAGGAGGGGGUCGGCGAAACGAGCACACUGCUAUACUGGACAAUCAUAUUGAAGGAUGAGGGAUCUGCUCUUUUACUGAAGGAUCACAAGACAAGGAUGAAUGGCUGACCCUAAACAAGCCCUGAGUUUCUGAGCAACUCUGCGACUCGGAGCUGGGCCGUCAGUUCAGAGCACGCUUGCACGCCGGAGAGAACCUGCGUCGUGUGCCGGUUCUCACACUACGGAGAGUUGCCAGUCCCCCCCCCCCCCCCCCCCCCCCGUUGAUCCCCGGCACACACAGACCAACGUGGUGAAGCGAAGGAGGCCGCGGACGACCUCUGGGACUCGCCGCGGUGGACAGAGGAUGGCAUCUUUACCAGGACGACCCGUUUGGAGCGCCCUGCUGCUGGCACUGCUGUCCGUUCUCCACGCGGCUGAGGCCAACGUCCUGAACAGGAGCCCUGGGAAGUCCCCGGCGGAGGGCGCGAAGGGCGACGGCAGCAGCACCGCCCCGGCUCCGCCCCCACGCCUCCUCUGGUGCUAUUGCUACCAUCAUUGCCCAGAAGACACAGCCAACAACACCUGCAGGACGGAUGGAUACUGCUUCACCAUGGUGGAGGAAGAAGAGGGUGGAAUUCCAGUCAUCACGUCUGGGUGCCUUGGACUAGUGGGAUCAGAGUUCCAGUGCAGGGACACGGGGAAUUCCCGACUGAGGCGAAGUCUAGAGUGCUGUACCGACCAGGACUUCUGCAACCGUGAUCUGCACCCCACCCUGCCACCACAGAAGCCUCCCAAUUAUACCGAUGGGGAGGUUAUUCAUCACUUGGCUUUGCUCGUCUCCAUCACUGUGUGCAGCAUCAUUCUCGUCAUCAUCAUAGUUUUCUGCUACUUCAGGUACAAGCGCCAGGAGUCACGGCCUCGCUACAGCAUUGGUCUCGAACAGGACGAGACCUAUAUCCCCUCUGGAGAAUCACUGAAGGACCUGAUCGAGCAGUCACAGAGCUCUGGCAGUGGCUCAGGCCUCCCCCUGCUGGUGCAGCGAACCAUCGCCAAGCAGAUCCAGAUGGUGAAGCAGAUCGGUAAAGGGCGGUACGGCGAGGUGUGGAUGGGCCGCUGGCGGGGGGAAAGGGUGGCCGUCAAAGUGUUCUUCACAACGGAAGAGGCCAGCUGGUUCCGGGAGACGGAGAUCUACCAGACCGUGCUGAUGAGACACGAGAACAUCCUGGGCUUCAUUGCGGCGGACAUCAAGGGCACUGGCUCCUGGACGCAGCUGUACCUAAUCACCGAUUACCACGAGAGCGGCUCCCUCUACGACUACCUCAAAUCCACCACGCUGGACAGCCGGGCCAUGCUGCGACUGGCAUACUCCUCCAUAUCGGGCCUCUGCCAUCUGCACACUGAGAUCUUCGGCACGCAGGGCAAGCCGGCCAUCGCCCACCGCGACCUCAAGAGCAAGAACAUCCUGGUGAAGAGGAACGGCACGUGCUGCAUCGCUGACCUGGGACUGGCUGUCAAGUUCAUCAGUGAUACCAACGAGGUGGACAUCCCGCCCAACACGCGGGUCGGCACCAAGCGUUACAUGCCCCCGGAGGUCCUGGACGAGAGCCUGAACCGGAAGCACUUCCAGUCCUACAUCAUGGCUGACAUGUACAGCUUCGGGCUGAUCCUGUGGGAGAUCGCGCGGAGAUGCGUGUCGGGAGGCAUCAUGGAGGAGUAUCAGCUGCCUUACUAUGACAUGGUGCCCACGGACCCAUCCUAUGAGGACAUGCGGGAGGUGGUCUGCAUCAAAAGGUCCAGACCAUCUUUUCCGAACCGCUGGAGCAGUGAUGAGUGCCUCAGGCAGAUGGGGAAGCUGAUGACGGAAUGCUGGGCACACAGCCCCGCCUCCCGUCUGACGGCACUGCGCGUCAAGAAGACGCUGGCCCGCAUGUCCGAGUCGCAGGACAUCAAGCUGUGAGUGGGCAGAGCCACAGCGGGCGCCAGCGAGCAGCCAGAGACACAAGUACCGCCUCUCGAACCCCUGAUCAGCAGGCAGGGGAGGAGCCGGAUGGGGCCACAUCCCACGGUGCUGGCCGGGCUGGCUCGGCGAGGGGGGAGGACACUCCCGCGGACUGGAUCAUCAUCAUUUGGUUCCAGUUACGGUGGCCCAUUCCUGCAGUGCCCAGAAGACACCUUCUGUUUGCUUCAGAUCUACAGGGACAGGUCUGCAAACAACCCCCCCCUCCCUCCCCUCGCCCCAGUUUUGCUUUCUGUGAAAGCUUCACUCACUCAAGCAGGUGUUGGGGCGCCCCCUGCUGUUAAAGGUGAGUGUUUCCCCUCCAGGCGCCAAUCAUGAGGCAACGAGAAGCACCGGCUCAGACAAUCAGCGACCUCAGUGCAGUUUCUGCGCAUGACGUCGUACGCAUGUACCGGGGAGGUGAGACUGCCUAUGGUGGGGGCUUUAUGGUCAACACGGCCACUGGGAGCGGCUGCGUGCCGUUGCCGUGGAAGUGUGUUGUCAUCACAGAAAAGAUGGCGUCUGUGUGCGCCAAACUCAUGUCAUAUUCAGUGUCACUUCAGUGGUACCAUUUGCAGUAACUGUGACCAUAAUUGUGUUUGCUGCCUUUGGCCACUAGAGGGACACAACGUAUCUCUGUGCAGACCAUGGGCCAAUUGCAAUGAACAUCUUGAACCGAGACUGCGGCAGUUAGUAGAGUCAUAGCUCGCUUUUACCCGUUUGCAAUGAAAGACACUGUUUGUUGAGACUGAAAGGGUUCAUAUGGUGAUGUCUGUCAGUACCAAUCACCUUAAACAACAAGGCUGUGAUUUAAAAACAGAUUUACCGUUAAAAGAAAACAAUAAAACUAAAAUUAAUGGCAAAAAUGGGUUACUUGUUCUGGACUUAAGUAAACCUAUUGCAACUUUAAGAUAAUAUUGUGUUUAAUUACUUUGGUGACAUUACUUAAAUACUGUUUAAAGACAUUAGGAAAAGCAUUGACACACAAUGACCAGCUGGCUGGGGCCCCUGGCUUUGCUUCGUAAGUCUCUCGGAGCCUGCGAUGUGCAGUUAACGGCACCUGCAAACAGCUAAUUACACUCCGCAAAUUCACAGAAUUCAGUCUUUGAACCAGGCACUGAAACUGUAACUGGAGGGCUUGUUUCAAAGGGCUUUAUCGUCAUUGAUUGUACAUUUUUCAAAGGGAAUCAAACCUCAAGAAUAAACCCAAAACAGAGAUGUUGGCAGGUUAAGCAACAAUACCUACAUCCAUCCAUCCCUCCAUCCAUCCCUCCAUCCAUCUAUCCAUCAUCCACCUGAUUAUCCUGGACAGGGUCACCGGGGAGCCCGGAGUCUCACCCAGACACCAUUAGGUACAGGGCAAGAGGACACGCUGUAUGCGAAACCUGUUCAUUGUAGGCAAAUAGACAAUCAGACACUGAGCAGUUUAGAGACACUAAUUAUGCUGAAUUCAUGCCUUUUGACUAAACUGGGCUCCCUGAAAGGACACCUAUGUGACACAGGGAGGCCUAGUCGCGCUUGUGAGUCCUAAAUGCUCUUUAUGUACGUAUUUAGUGCACCUGCUGAUGGACUGUCGCCCCAUUCACACACCCUGCCUGCACUUCUCAGGACUGGUUCUGGAUCUGGAUGAAAAGCGAAUCAGAAGCCUAUAUCUGUUUAUUAGUAAACAGACAAAAAUACCUGAAAAUGUGAGACUGUGUCUAUCUUAAAGGUGUUUUUACGGAGGUAUAGAAAAAUACUUCUCUGGGGUGACAUCACUUCCUGUCUGGGCUUUAGAUACAUUUUCUGUUCCAGGGCUGCGCUGGUGUUCCUUGCCAUUGGUCCUUUAAGCUAAACGUCUGUGGUUUCCUUGGUUUCUGUUCAGUGUCACGCCUCCGCACAGGUCAAAUAAGUGCUGUUGAUAAUUAAGGUCUACAGAAGGUAAACUAUGAUAUGGUUAAUUAAGGACUUGAAUAUGUAAAUUGUUUUUUUAUGUGUAUAGAAUGAAACCCCCUAUUCUCAGAGGGCCUGUGCCUUAUUUAACAUAAAUACCUAAUUUAAUAAAUGGAAAAUUAAAUGUGUCAAAUCCAAGGCCUAACAUUCCCCAAAUAAAAUGGUUUCAUCUUG